AUGAAGGCCAACCAGUCACGCCUCAACGAACUGACGGACGAAUAUGCCGUCAUCCUCUACAUGUUCAUCCACGCGUACCCGUCCAAGGAUCGAGUUCAGAACCAGGACCGCUACAUCGAGCGGGCCAAGAAGAGGGUGCAGGACGCCGUCGCCUCCGAGGAUGCAGCCAAGACUGCCUUGGCCACUGCAGCCGCAACCCGAGCUGCCUUGCAGGAAGACCUGGACAAGGCUCAAGCUAUUCACGCUGCCUUCAAGGUUAUGCAGGAGCAGGAGGAGGCCGAGGCAGAUGCCAAGGCCCAGGAGGCGGCAGCAGCAGCUGCUCAAGAGGCCUCAUCAGCGCCGCCGUGGCGGCGGCAGCCCAGCCAGCCCAGCCCCUUCACGGAGGCCGACCACGGACGCCCCAUGGCCAUGGUGACGCCUCCCAGCCCGUUCGUGACAGCCAUGGGCACCUCGGCGGCUCAGAUGCCACUCACGCCCCAGCAGGCGCCGCAGCAGACACCACAGGCAAUGCCGCAGGUGAUUGCGCAGCUGCAGGCUGGCCAGAGCACCAUGGCGACGCAGCUAUCGCAGUUGGAGAUGGGAGCCGACGGCCUCCCGGAGAUGACUUUGCAGGAGCUCAACGCCAUGCGCGAGGCCACGGGCCUGAAGGUCGGCGCAUCGCACCUGAAGUCGCACCCGCUUCUGCCUGGGCAGACGCCGCUCCCAUGGCCAGUUCAGGCCACACGAGCUUCGAGGCGAGGAGCGCCCGAGGCACAUCCCGACGAGCCCGCCGAGAAGAGCCAGACCCUGCCGCACGCGGGAAAGGACGGAGUCGACAUCGAGGUGCCGCCCGGCGAUGCCGCUGCGGCGGCGGCAGCGGGGCAGCAGCUUUUUCACAACCCGAACGGGGCCCAGCAGAGUUGA